UUAAUAACCGCGGCGGGAGGGAAGGCCCCGCCAGAACUUUUCGCAUUGCCGUUCGUUCCUCUUCUGCCACUGUCUAUACAACCUCAACCUUCCUUAACCUUUCUUCUUAACCACCAACUCGUCUCAAUUGACCAACCCACCUGCCUGUGCACGUUAUAUCACCCUCUUCACCAUCCGACGAACCCCACCGAAUCCGACUUCCUUCCCACCAAGAACAACCAAGAUGAUCGAAGAAUACCAACCCCCACCUCUCCCCCCGCCCUUCCACCACCACCACCACCAACACCGCACACAAUCACCAGCUAUUACUACCACCACCACCACAACUACUACUACUACAACAACGCCACCCCCACCGAUCCUCCUCACGCAGGGUGCCGAAGCCCACCUCUACAAGACCCACUACCUGAACGCGACCACCCACCCGGCGGCGCUGAAGAUCCGGCCCUCGAAGCCCUACCGCCACCCGGUCCUGGACCGACGCCUGACGCGCCAGCGCAUCCUCCAGGAAGCCCGGUGUCUGGCCAAGCUCGUACGCGAGGGGGUGGCGGUGCCGGCGCUGUACGCGGUGGACUGGGAGGGGCAGACGGUGGUGGUGGACACGGCCACGGGCGAGGAGCGGUACGGCGGGGCGUGGCUGCUGAUGGAGUGGGUGGAGGGCGAUGUGGUGCGGGUGGUGGUGCAGGCGUGGGAGCGGGCGAUGCUGGCGCGGUUUGCGGCGGACGAUCGCAGCCCUUUGUCUCGGCGGAGACAGGCCGAUGGGGGGUCUGGGUCUGGGCCUGGGUCUGAGGUGCAAAUGGAGGUGGAUGGCCAUAGCGACCAUGGCGACCACGGGGACAACGGACAUGUGGAGUGCAAGCGCGAGGAGGAGCGGAUGAAGGACCUGCUGCGGCGGAUUGGGGCCGCCGUUGGCCGGUUGCAUGCGGCCGGGGUGAUCCAUGGGGAUUUGACGACGAGUAAUCUCAUUCUGAGGCCUGCGUUCUCCAAGAAGGAGGGCGAGGGCGAGGGCGAGGUGGAUCUGGAGGGCGAGGUCGUGCUCAUCGAUUUCGGCCUCGCGAGUCAGAGUGUCCAGGAUGAGGAUCGCGCGGUGGAUUUGUAUGUGCUUGAACGCGCGUUUGGGAGUACCCAUCCCCGCACGGAGGCGUUUUUCGCCGAGGUGUUGGACGGGUAUCGCGCUAGUUAUCGCGGGGCGGCGUCGGUGUUGAAGCGUUUAGAGGAGGUGCGUUUGCGCGGGAGGAAGAAGAGUAUGUUGGGCUGAGGCUUGAAAAGGGGGCGGGGGGGAGACUGGUUUGAUGGGGAUAGAUUAAUGGAUAGAACUAUGCUUCAUUUAUCAUCACUAAAUUUCAA